UGAGAGGCUCCUGUAUAUAGUAUUACAAUACAGUAGGGGGCAGCAAUACGCCCAUAUCUAAUCUACCCAGCGGAGAAAAGCAAGAAGAAGAAAAGGAAGAAGGUGAUUGGCUGACAGGACAGAAAGCGAAGAAGAAGAAGAAGAAGAAAGAAACGCUCGCAUGAAAACGUUGUAAACAGACAACAGUAAUUACCUUCAUGUAAACCUUUAUCUCUGUGUAGCCCAGUGUAAUACUUUCAGAUAGUUUGUAUAUUCACUGCAUUACAUGCCUGUUAUGUAUGUUUUAGGUUCCAUUUGAGGAGAUGUCAAGCCUUUUGUUGUCCUUGAGAUGUUUGUACAGUUUGUCCAGUUAUGUCCAAUGCAGAGGUUCCCUCAGUAUCUUCUCAAUGCUGAGACCCCUCCCAGCUGGACUGGUGGUUUUAGCAGCCGGUAAAAAGGACCUGGUAGACCUCCCUGUCCUGAAUGAGGACGAGCUGGAAGAGCAGUUUGUAAGAGGAUCCGGACCUGGAGGACAGGCCACCAACAAAACCAGCAACUGUGUGGUUCUCAAACACAUUCCCACGGGGAUUGUAGUUAAGUGCCAUCAGACCAGAUCUGUGGAUAUAAACCGAAAGCGAGCUCGGGACAUUAUGAGAGAGAAGCUUGAUGUUGCAAAUAAAGGAGAACUCAGUGAAAUAUCUCUAAGGAAGAAAGAGUCUAUCCUGAGGAAACAAGAGAAGAGAAAGAAAACAAAUGAGAAUCUGGAGAGAAAAAGACUGUUUAAAGAAGCACUGGCUGCAGACUUAAAACCUGGAAGUGAUACUGUUUAAAAAUGUCUUUAUUUACUGAAGACUGAAAAACUGAAAAUGUGACCUCUUUACUCUUGUGUCAUCCUGUAAUUUAUGUCUGUAUGGAUUCAGUGACAAGAACAUAAAAAAUAUUAAGAGUAUGCAAUAAAAUAAAACUUAAGUGCAAAUUAUACAAGGGA